UGGACACAGGAAGGUGUCGAAACAACGUAGGUUUAGAAAGAGUUAAGACAAGACAAAACAAAUAAUGAAUGAUCGCUCGGUGUUAUUCAUAAACACCCUGUAUCAGCGAACGUUAUCAUUUUGCUCAUGAGAAGAAAAACAAACAGCAUCAAGUGUUUUACGACAUACAUAGUUCUGUUCUCUAAAGUGACUCUAUAACGGAAUACAAUUCUGUUCGACUACGGAAAUGACCCAGAUCAAUCUAAUUGGUGUCGACGUGGGAACCGGUAGUGCUCGUGCAGCUUUAGUUAGCCUUAAAGGAGAGGUGUUGAAGACGUGUGUCAGACCAAUAAAAACCUGGAAUCCGUUGCCCAAUCACUACGAACAAUCUUCCGAAGACAUAUGGAGCGCCGUUUGUGGAUGCAUUCGCGAUGUGGCCUCGAACUGUUCAAAAGAUGAAAUAAAAGGAGUCGGAUUUGAUGCAACAUGCUCACUAGUGGCAUUGGAUAAGCAAGGAUGUCCACUGACUAUCAGUACCACUGGUGAGAGUGAACAGAAUGUCAUUUUGUGGAUGGAUCAUCGAGCCCAAGUUGAAGCAGAUUCCAUAAAUUCUACUAAACAUGAGCUCUUGAACUACGUUGGUGGAUCUGUUUCGUUGGAAAUGGAGUGCCCAAAAUUGUUGUGGUUGAAAAACAGCAUGUUUGAAAAGACGUGGAUCAAAGCGGGUGCAUUUUUCGAUCUUCCAGAUUUUCUUACCUACAAAGCUACGGGAAAUGCAUCCCGUUCAAUCUGUUCGGCAGUGUGCAAAUGGAACUAUGAUGCUGUUAAAGCAUCAUGGUCCGCUGAUUUUCUGAACGAAAUUGGUCUAUCUGAUUUGACACAGAAUAACUUCGAGCUCAUAGGUCGAAAGGUUAACAAUCCAGGUGAUCCAAUUGCUGGUGGAAUAUCAAGCGAUGCAGCUGACGCAAUGGGACUCAAUCCAGGGACCGCUGUUGCAACAUCGAUGAUUGAUGCUCAUGCCGGAGCGUUGGCUUUAUUGGGUUGUCGCAGCAAAGACAAAGAAAUCGCCAUAAGCCUUACAUCAAAGCUAGCCAUAAUUUGUGGAACUUCAUCCUGCCAUAUGAGUCUUACCGAGGCUCCAAUUUUGGCCCCUGGCAUUUGGGGGCCAUAUAAAAAUGCCAUCAUUCCCAAUCUCUACCUCAACGAAGCAGGCCAAAGUGCUACUGGGGUACUGCUGGACUACAUUCUACAAACCCACCCCUGCUACACUGAACUGCGGGAGGAACAUGGGUCUAAUAAUAACAUUUACACUUUCCUAAACGAAUUCCUGUGUGACCUGUGUGAACGGAAAAAAAUGCGAUCGGUACAUAUGUUAACUAGUUCUCUGCAUAUCUGGCCCGAUUUCCACGGCAAUCGUUCACCACUAGCGGAUCCGAAGCUGAAAGGAAUGCUCUCAGGUCUAACUAUGACGAAGAAUGUGGAAAGCUUAGCGUUGCUGUACUUAGCCCUGAUCCAAGCUCUUGCAGUUUCAGGUAAGUAUAGACGAAUUUCAUGCCGACUCGACUGCCCAUUGGCAGCAAUAUCUUAGAUUACAGUGAAACUUUGUGGAUGUAAAAACAUUGGGCAUUUAAUUCUGCAUACUUGAACUAUUGAAAACAGAAUUAGACCACUUUUUGAAAAGGGACAAUGUAUUUUUCUUAAUGUUUACCAAAAAUUUAUAACUCAAAUACUAUAAUACCUACACAAUUUUGGUCACAGAUUUAAAUGUAGAAGUCUGUUUUAAAUUUUCAUAAAAAACAACUUUUUUUUAAAUAACACUGAACAAAAAUUAGAAAUUCAAAUUAAUUUUUCUUAAGGCAGUAUUCUUGUCUAGAAAUUUGAAAAAAAAAAAGUUCACUCAUAUUUCUGUAGUUAAGGCAUUCAGGAAUAUACCCUAGAAAGGACUUAUUGUAAAUCCUAUUAUUUACCGAGUUAGAGCCAUUUUAGUGAUGCGGUAUCUAACCUGGUACGGCCAUAACAAUGAACUUCAAACGAGUUUUUCUCGAAACUAGUUUUUUCAAACUGGCGUACACGAUAUCUCAAAUUCUACUGAACGGAUUUAUGUCGAAUUUAUAUGGAUACAAUCUGCAGGCAUCUCGCUAUCGCAUGAGCCCCUAAAAUAUGAUGUUUUUUAAAUUUUACUAUUUUUAAAGAAUCGGGAAACGUAAGAAAAAAAGUUUCAAACCGCAAACCGCAAAUUGUCAAAAAAUAUGUUUUCGAUUUGUCCGAUGUUCAUGCGAUAGCGGCAUCUUUACUGAUUCAGAAUCUGUUCGAUUUUUUUUGUUUCAGAUAACUAGAAGGGCUGGAAUCGUGUACGCCAUGACAAAACUUUUUUUUGAACCCCCUCACUUCAUCAGCUCGUAACUAUUCUAGUUAUAAAUAUUUUUUCUCCGUUCAAUUUUUGUUCUAUUGUUAAAAGAUAGAUGAACAAAUAAUUAUAAAAUGGAUACUAAAAAUUUUUUUUGUUUUAUUUUUACGAAGCUCGAAAAAACGUCCAGAAUUCGUGUCUCUGUACUAGAAUACCCCAUUGAAAACGAUUUUAUAAAUUUCGCAAUAAAAUUAUAUGAAUAGCUCUUACAAUUUCCAACAAGUACAUAAGAGCACCUUUACAGUGAAAAGUUAGCGGAACAUGUUAAUCGUGAUAAUUUACACAUAAAAGUGUUACG